CCACAUGUUUUUUCUAUUUCAGGACAUCUUUGACACGGCAUGGAACAUGAUGUCCGGCAGAAACUUCCCCAAAGUGUCUUCAGAUAGUUCUCCUCAAGAAUUACGAACUGAUUCAAUGCAUGUGGAUCAAAAUGGAGCUCCAGGUAACGGUCUUUUAGAAGCUGCAAAGAAAAUCGUCUCGGCCGUCGAUGACAAACCUGAAGAUCCCGCCUCCAAUUCCAACAAUUCCGAUGAAAUGGACGACGUUGACUUGUACUCAGCAGCGGAACCAACCAGUCUGACGGACCAGGACUUGUCUGGGAUAGCUGCUGAUUCUUCCCAGCCCUCAGCUGUAGGGAACAAUCCCAGUGGGUUACUCCUGCAGAGUGAAGGAGCUGUGGGUCUGUCUAGCGACUUUGAAGAAGAUGCCCAGCUAUCCCUAGCUAUCCAGUACUCCAUGGAGACAAGCCAUUAUUCGCUGGAGAAUGAGGAGGAACAGCUGCAAAAAGCUUUGGAGCUAUCCAAGGAAAUGAGCCAACAUGAAUCCUCUCCAAGCUGUUCUGAGAAGAGUCCCGCGGUGAAGAAGAGCUUCGAUGCUUCCCUGCUGGACGCCAUCAAAGCAGCCAACACCCUCCAGUUGUUUGUGUUUGCAGGGUAUCCCGCUGACCUCAUUCGGGUCGAUAUAGCUUUUGGGAAGAAGGUCACCGGGAGACAAGUCGAGGAGAAACUGGAGCACAGGUGUGUGAGGAACAUGUCCGACUACCACAGGAUAUGUCUGGAUAUGAUCAAAAGGAAGCAUGCGGUCGAGAUUCAAAUCCAGGGCAGUAUAAUCACCGUUUCUGGCUUUAAGGAUUAUGUGGCGGGUGGAUUGUGUGAUGUGAAGCUGCUCCUGGAGAAGAUCUCCACUUCUGUGUCCGAACGGGAGAUCCUGAGGAGCGUCCAGUGGGUUUAUCACGACCCGGUCUCUUCUGACACGACCCCUUACUCACCUGAUGCCACUGUGUUCAUCGAGACGGCCUUGAGGAUGAGGAUGCAGAAAGUGGACAUCCUGCUAGACAAUCAGCCCCACACCAUCAACUUUGAGAAGAUGCAAGAGUACAACAUAGCUUCAGGGAAAUCUGUGAAGAUCUCCAGGAGGAUGCCUGCUUCAGGGGCUUUGGAUGAGGAUAUACCAGGUAAAGGGAACUAUGUAUUGUUACAGUGCUUUUAUGUUCUCCAGAAUAUUGCUCUGUACAUUCAGAACAACAUUUAGUAAAAGAUAUCAAAG